AUGCAAAUACAUUUUUGCACUCCUUAAUACUUUUUCAAUAUUUCUCAAAAAUUUCCUUUUAUUGUUUAUGAUCUAAGAGAACAUUAACAUGGUUAUUUGAAAAAUAGUAUUCAUGUUCCUUAUAUACACCAGGUGGAGAAUGUUGAAGAUGUGUAAAAGCAUUUUUAGUAUCCUGAAUAAUAAUCUGAAUAGUAGAAAUUGGAAAGAUUAUUUAAAACUAGAAAGAGAAAUUACAAUUUCUUUGUUCCAUUUGAUACAUCUGAUAUGUUCAGUUUAUUAUUAAAGGAUAGAGUUAAGGGAGAAGGAUCAGAAAUUUCUGAUUAGUUUAAUAUUCCAUUAGAAACUGUGACUAAGUGGUGGUAUGAAAUCACAAAGAAAUUGCCAUACAAAAAGAAACAUAAAAUUAAAAGCAGAGCAUAUACAAUGGUAAUGUAAGAUGAUGAUGAUGAUAAUGAAUUAGUAGUUGAUUAAGAUUCCUAAUAAAAGAUAUUUCGUCUCAAAAAGCAUUAGACUAUAGUUUCUAGUAAAAAGGUCAUAGAAUUAUAGGGUAAGCCUAUUAAUUUAAAUUAAAGAGAUAACAAUUUCUAAUGGUCCAAAAAUUAAAUAGAGAUCUGCAAGUUAACCAAAAUACGUUGGACAGGGAUAAGGUAGUUUGCAUAUGAAUUCAGAAUUAUUUGGAGUAACAUUAAAGAUCUAUGAGAUUUUCCAUAAAGAUAAGAUUAGAUAGUUGUUUAUAAUAUUGGAUCCAAUUUAAAUAGUUUUUGGAAAACAUUCAUUUUUAAAUUAUGAGAUAACUAAAAAUAGAGGAUUUUUAGAUAAGACAUUACCAAAUGAAAUAAUAGAGAAUAAAUUAUAUUUAGGAGGAGGUGAUCAUGCAAAAGAUACAGAAAUGUUGAUAGACAUUUUAGGGAUAACACAUGUUGUAAAUGCAACUAUUGAGAUAAAGAAUUAUAGUGAUUAAUGUAAAAAUGAAGUUAUUGAUGUUAGUAAAGUAUUUGAACAUUAAAAUAUAUGAUGAACCUCAUAUUAAUGUAAAACAGUAUUUUGAAGAAGUAUAUUAAUUUAUAGAAAAUGCAUUAAUAGAGAAUGGAAAAGUAAUAAAUAUAUUAUUAAUAAAUAGGUAUUUGUUCAUUGUGCAUAAGGAAAAUCUAGAUCAGCAUGUUUUAUAGUGAUGUAUUUAAUGAAGAAAUUUAAUUGGGGAUUUGAAAAGGCAUAUGAAUUUGUAAAAGAAUGUAGAGAAGCAGUUUGUAUAAAUGAAGGAUUUAUUAACUAAUUAAUAGAAAUGAAUUGA